UGUCUUGUGUUAAUUUUCGUUCAAACUAGGAGUAGAAAAAUUGGUGACCACAAUCAAUUCUGGACUAAAUGAAAUAUAAAGAUGGGGACACUGGUCAAACCAGCGCUGCUGCUACUUUUAUGGCAGAGUGUUGGGGCUUUAAACGUCCCUCUCGAAGUCAGACAACCCCCUACUAUCAUAAAGCAGUCAAUGAAAGAGCACAUUGUUGACCCCAAAGGGACCAUGGUAAUAGAGUGUGAAGCCAAAGGAAACCCUCAUCCUAUUUUCUCAUGGAGGCGUAAUGGGAAGUAUUUCAAUGUGGCACGUGACUCUCAGGUGUCAAUGCGCAGGCGCUCAGGGACUCUGGAUAUCUAUGCCCGGAACAAUCCAGAAAAGUAUGAGGCAGAGUAUCAGUGCAUUGCCUCCAACCAGUAUGGAGCUGCAUACUCCCACAAGAUCAUACUACAAUUAUACAGACCCCCUGUGUGGCCAAGAGAGAUUGUGGAGCCUGUGGUGGUGAGUGCUGGCUUGCCACUUGUCCUCUCCUGUGACCCUCCACCUGGCCCACCUAAACCUGAAACAUACUGGAUGUCCAGUUGUUCAUAUGCGAGACCUUUCAACUGGCCCAUUCAGACAGCUUUCCCCACCAUGCAGCCUGUGCGGCAGGACCGCAGGGUUUCCAUGGGAGUCAGUGGAGAUCUAUAUUUCUCUAAUGUGUUGUUCAAUGACUCUGUUGUUGAUUACUGCUGUAAUGCCAGAUUCCCAUACAAGAAUGUCAUUCAGCAGAAGAUGCCUGUAGUUGUGAAGGUGCUUACGACUCGUGCAGUGGUUGAGGCUGCUCCCACCUGGCUGUCUCCCACAGGCUCAUCAAGCUCAAUAUUGGUCCUGCAGGGGGAGGAGCUGCUCCUGGAGUGCAUUGCUGCAGGAAUGCCAACUCCUCACAUUACCUGGGCCAAGGAUGGAGAGGACUUACAAGUGACAUCUCGCAUGAAAGUGAAGAACUUCAACAAAAUGAUUCAAAUCCCAAAAGCAUCUUUUGAAGAUGCAGGUGAAUAUACCUGCACUGCUAAAAAUAGGUUAGGCUACGCUGAGCACACAAUAACUGUCAGGGUCAAAGCGACUCCUUUCUGGUUGGAAAAACCCACCAACCUGAUUUUGGCACCAGAGGAAAAUGGACGGUUGGUGUGUCGCGCUGAUGGGGCUCCUCGUCCCACAAUCAGCUGGUUCAUUAACGGUGAACCGAUUGAAACUGCUACACCACUGCCUAACAGACAGGUGUCAGGAGAAACGCUAAUCUUCCGCAGUGUAACUACGGAAAACACUGCUGUCUACCAAUGCAAUGCUUCAAAUCAGUAUGGCUACUUAUUGGCCAAUGCAUUUAUUAAUGUGCUACAUGCAACGCCACGAAUCCUUGGGGCAAGAAAUGAAUUCAUCAAAGUGACUGAGGGUAGUCGUACCUUUUUAGAUUGCCAGUACUUUGGUUCUCCAGUGCCUGAGUUGAGAUGGUCCAAAUAUGGGCAAGGAAAUCUUGAAGGAAAUCGUUUUAAAACCCACAGCAAUGGGACUCUGGAGAUCAAACAUAUCAAGAUAGAAGACCAAGGAACUUACGUGUGUGUAGUCAGCAACAUUGCAGGGAGAGAUGAGGAUCAAGUCAGAGUAGAGGUCAAAGAACCCAUAUUAAUUGUCACAAGACCACAGAGUAUGAAAGUCAUGCGUGCAAGUGAUGUCCGCCUGGAGUGUGGUGUAAAAGCAGAUGUCACGACUCCUAUCACAACCACUUGGUUGAAAAACAAAAAGCAUCUCACUCUUGGUUGGAGAAUCUCAAUGGAUGAAUCAAAUCUAGUGAUUACUAAUGUAAACACAGGCGAUGAGGGAAAUUAUACAUGUGUCAUCAAGAGUGAGCUUGAACAGAAAUCUGCCUCAGCACACCUAAUGGUGAUGGACCGUCCAAAUCCUCCCACUAACUUGGAGUUAUCUGAUCCAUAUGAACGUACUGUAAGACUGAGCUGGAUUCCUGGAGACAGCAACCACAGCCCCAUAACAGAGUUCUUAGUGCAGUAUGACGACGAUGACUGGUUGCCUGGAAAGUGGAGAAAUCUUUCAACGUACCCAGGGAACCUGAACUCUGUCAUUUUGCAUCUCAUACCUUUUACCUACUAUGAGUUCAGAGUCAUCGCUAUUAACGAAAUUGGAGCUAGUCGCCCUAGUCGUCCAUCUAAGCGUUUUCAGACCAGCGGUGCACCUCCAGAUAUCAUCCCAAAGAAUUUAAAAGGUGUAGGUACAUGGAGAAAUAACAUGGAAAUCAGCUGGGAGCCUCUAACCUACAGAGAGUGGAAUGGACCCCAUCUAAAAUAUCUGGUGUGGUGGAGAAGGAGAGAUUCUCGAGAGGAGUGGAAGAAUGCAACCACUAAGUGGCUAAAAUAUUACAUCUAUGAUGCGGAUACCUUUACUCCUUAUGAGAUCAAAGUCCAGGCAGUGAAUGACUUUGGGCUGGGACCAGAGUCUCCUGUUGUCAUUGGUUAUUCUGGUGAAGGCCGCCCAACAACAGCACCCCUGAACCUGAGAGUGUCUGACAUCGAGAGCACUCAGGUGACUCUACACUGGGAUCCAGUGACAAGCGACACAAUUAUGGGAGAACUGAAAGAAUACAAGGUCUACUACUGGAGGGACAGCAGCCAGCUGAGAUGGCAGUGGGUUGACAGAGGGAUGAAGUCCAAAGCAUUUCCUAUCAAUGGCCCAGACCCCUCUGGGGUCCUUGAUGAGCUUAUUCCCUACAGCAACUACAAAAUGUACAUAGUUGUGGCAAACAAUCGGUACGAAGGGCCGCCAAGUAAUAACAUACAUUUCUCAACACCUGAAGGAGUACCAUCUGCUCCUAGAUCCUUCAGGAUCCAACAGCGACAUCUGGACAGUAUUUAUGUUGACUGGGGCCUGCCAGCAGAGCCCAAUGGCAUAAUUACCGGGUAUUCCCUCAAGUACCAGACAGUGAACGCCACCAGGGGAGAGGAGCUGCGAGUUGAAGAGCUUCCUCCUAAUGUGACAAGCUUCUCAAUCCGCCGAUUUGACCGAUACACUCGAUACAGAUUUUCUGUGGCAGCACGAACUCGCCUAGGGAUAGGCGAAUGGCAUACAGAGGAAUCGCCCCACUACACCACAGAAAUUUAUGCUCAGGAUCAGGUGGAUAUCACCACUCAGGGCUGGUUCAUUGGGAUAAUGUGCGCUGUGGCUCUCAUCGUGCUCAUCCUUCUCAUCGUGUGUUUCAUCAAGCGGAGCAGAGGAGGAAAAUAUCCAGUACGGGAUAAAAAGGACAUUUCACUGGAGCUGGUGGAUGACAAAGAUCAGGAGGGAUCAUUUGAUUAUCGGUCCCUUGAAAGAAUAGCACGUGUGUCCACUCUCCCCUACCCUCGCAGAGAAGAGGAACGAGGGCUUCAAAGAGGUCAGCCAUCUAUUGAGGCAAUGAUGAAGCGAUCAGACAGCGAUGACAGUCUGGUGGAAUAUGGAGAAGGGGGCGAGAUGCCAUUCAAUGAAGAUGGCUCAUUCAUUGGCCAGUACACAGGAACCAGGAGAGACGUCAGGGAGUUGGACUUUGGUGGAAGUCUGGAGCUGCAUUCACCAAUAAAUACCAUCUACUCCCUGGCUUAACACUCAGAUGUCAGACUGCGCUUCUGAAAUAAACAGAGCUAUUUGUCAUGUUGUUUCACUAUCCCUGCAUCCUCCACCUUCAAUUUAGAACCUGGAGGAACUUUUAUUUGUCAGCAGGAGGAAACAGCUUGAGAGUAAAGUGCUGUUUAAGCCCUCCUUAUCUUUGCAGACAGCACAACUUUCAGGCAUUUAUGGAAUAAAAUGUAGAAAAGUUGGAAUGAUUUUUCUAUAGAGAUGUGAUUUUUAAAAAAACAAAGCUUUUAUCUCUUUUGUAAAAUACAAAUAUACAUUGUUCAGUUAUGCUAUUAGGAAAGAGACACUUGCUGCGGAUCACAGGAGAUGGAAGUGGAACAGUUUAUCAUGUUGAUAAAAACGGUUACAAGGACUGAUCUAGAUUGGUUCUAUCAUUUUUUCACUGCUAAUUUCAAGAAAUCUAUUAUUUUUGAAUACUUGCAGUUUGAUAGAAGGGAAGUAUCCUACUUUCACCUGAAGGGGAACCAUCUAUCAAUUCAAUUUUUUCUGCUUAUCCAAUUCACAGUCGCCAGGGGGGCUAAAGCCUAUUCCAGCUGUCCCAGGGUGACAGGCGGGCUAUACUCUGAACAGGUGACCAAUCUGUCACAAGGAUAAAUGCAGGACAGACAACUAUUCACAUUCACACCUAUGGGCAAUUUAGAUCAUAAAUUAACCUAACCCCAUGCCUGUCUUUGGACUAUGGGAGGAAGCCGGACUACCCAGAGAUAGCCCACACAGACACGGAGGUUAUCGUGUCCACACAACUGUGCCACAGAAAGGGAACUACAAAUAAAGGAAAAUAAAACCUCUCCAUGGACUAACAAUUCAUUUGUCAGUUUAAAAUUUGAUUCUGUAUGAAACAAGAUGUCAGACCAUUUGAGGAAUCAACUGUGAGCCAUAAAUCAACUAUAAAAUCAGAGGUCACACAUGAACCAGUCUCCUAAUUUCACUCACAGUGGAAAUGACUAAUAUUUAUGUAACAGCAGGUUUUUUGACGACUAAUGCCACCUCUGUAUUAAGACUGUUAUAUCUGAUUUUGAAUAAAGUGAAAGUAUUUCUA